ACCUUUUACACUGAUAGAUGGAAAGGGGGCAUAAAAAGAGAGUAUAAAGAAGGCAACCCCCUUCCCCUCUCUCUAUCUCCGUGUGUCUGUAUGUGCGACAUCGUCUCAGUCUUUUGAUUCUUUCUUUCCUUCCUUCUUUCCCCUUCGCUCUGGAGUCUUAAUAAUUUAUAGGGCGAAGCGCCCGUGAGAGGAGGCGAGCUCUCGGUCUCGCCUGGGAUCUGCUCGAAGAUCUCAGUUUGUGAGGAAACCCUAACCCCAGAAUCGGGUCGGGGGUUUUCUCCGACCUAUGAAUAUUUCUUUCUCGAUCUUCAUCGUCUUUCGGAUUCGUUCGCUUACGGUUUCGAGUGUUAGGGUUUUAGUAGCGGGGGAUAGAUGAGGGGGCUGGAUGGGGAGGGUGGGGUUUCCGAAAACCCUAACCCUGAUGGCGAUCUCAGAGGUGGUGCCGCAGAUAAUGCUCGCUUUGAUGCCUCACAGUAUGCAUUCUUUGGCAAGGGGGUCCUGGAGGAAGUUGAAUUAGGGGGUUUAGAAGAUGGUGUCGAUGAUCGUGAUGCUGGAUUUAUCGGUCUUGAUGAUGAGGAAUACCGUUUUAGUUCUAUGGGAGAUAGAGGAGAGGUUGAAGGUUUGGGGUGUCUAUCUGAUGUAGAUGAUCUUACGAGCACUUUUGCAAAGUUGAACAGAACAAUUAGUGACCCAAGGAGUGCUGGGGUUAUUGGUGAUAGAGGAUCUUUUUCUAGAGAAAGUUCUUCAACUGCAGACUGGGGACAGGAGGCGGAUUUUCCAAACUGGAUUGAUCAGAAUAUUUUAGAUGCUGAAAAUUAUCAGGAGGGUAAACGAUGGUGGUCACAGCCAUAUCCUUCAUCAUCUCGGCUUUCGGAAUCUAAACCCCUGUACAGAACAUCCUCAUAUCCUCAACAGCAACCACAACACUCCAGUGAACCAAUUCUUGCACGUAAAUCAUCUUUCACAUCCUACCCUCCACCUGGUGGACGAUCUCAGAUUUCACCAAACCUCACACGUCAUGCAAGCAUUCCAUCUCUAACUGCUGGGCUUCAGAUGACAACUUCAAAUCUAUCUCCUUUUUCUGGUCCUCAGCUUCAUUUGGGAGGACUAUCGCAUGGGUUGCACUAUGGUGGAAACAUGCCUCAGUUUGCCUCUCCAGGCCUCUCAAUUAAUAGCCGGCUGCAGAAUCACUGGUUGAAUCAAGCUAGCGUUUUUGCAGGGGAACAUCCAAAUCUGCUGCCUAACUUCCUACAGCAACAUUUGCCACAGCCAAAUGGCUUAAUGCCUUCACAGCUACUUUCGCAGCAGCAACAGCAGAGACUGCAACAGAUCCAACCAUCUCUGCCCCAAUUUUCUCGCUUGCAGUCUCCGUUUUUCAACUCUCAUCCUCCACAAAUAAGGAAUAAGCUUGAUGCAGUUCUUAGUAUGUCUGACUUGAGAGAUCAGAGAUCGAAACCAUCACAAAGGGGAAAACAGAACAUGCGAUUUUCUAAACAAUCUUCUGAUGCCAGCAGCCAGAAGGCCGAUAAUGGGCUGCCACAGUUUAGGUCCAAGUAUAUGUCAGCUGAAGAGAUCGAAAGCAUUUUGAGAAUGCAGCAUGCUGCAACUCACAGCAAUGAUCCUUAUAUAGACGAUUACUACCACCAAGCUUGUCUUGCAAAAAAGUCUGCUGGUUCAAGGCUGAAGCACCAUUUAUGCCCGACAUUUAUUAGGGAUCUGCCAUCUCGGGCACGAGCUAAUAAUGAGCCACAUGCAUUUCUUCAGGUUGAUGCACUUGGAAAGGUUCCAUUUUCUUCCAUUCGUAGGCCUCGCCCUCUCCUUGAAGUUGAUCCACCUUCAACCUCAGGAGAUGGCAUUCACGAACAGAAAUCUUCAGUAAAGCCCCUUGAACAGGAGCCAUUGCUGGCAGCUAGAAUCACCAUUGAAGAUGGCCUUUGCCUCCUCCUUGAUGUAGAUGAUGUUGACCGGAUGUUACAAUUUAGCCAACCACCAGAUGGUGGCUUCCAACUGAGACGGAGGCGACAGGUCCUCCUGGAAGGCCUCGCAGCAUCUCUUCAGCUUGUUGAUCCACUUGGCCCAGGUAAAGGUGGACAUUCUGUUGGGCUUGCUCCGAAAGAUGAUCUUGUGUUUCUUCGCCUAGCAUCUCUGCCAAAGGGCCGGAAGCUCCUGUCACGUUACCUUCAGCUUCUUAUUCCUGGAAGUGAGCUCUCUCGAAUAGUCUGCAUGGCCAUUUUCCGGCACCUACGGUUUUUGUUUGGUGGUUUGCCAUCAGAUUCUAGUGCAGCAGAAACGACAUUGAAUCUUGCCAAGACUGUUUCUUCAUGUGUGCACAAUAUGGAGUUAAGUGCACUCAGUGCUUGCCUUGCUGCUGUGGUUUGCUCAUCCGAACAGCCACCUCUUCGCCCUCUUGGAAGUUCAGCUGGUGAUGGAGCAUCCAUAAUUAUAAAAUCUGUUCUUGACAGAGCAACAGAACUUUUGACAGAACCCCAGGCUGCAAGCAACUACAGCAUGUCCAACCGAGCUCUUUGGCAAGCGUCGUUUGAUGCCUUUUUUAGGCUUCUCACAAAGUACUGUCUGAGUAAAUAUGACAGUAUAAUGCAAAUGUUGCUCAUGCAGGCACCGAACACUUCAAUUAUUGGGUCUGAAGCAGCAAGGGCUAUAAGCAGAGAGAUGCCUGUGGAGCUGCUGCGUGCGAGCCUUCCUCAUACAAAUGAGCACCAGCGCAAGAUGUUGCUUGAUUUUGCUCAGAGAUCCAUGCCCAUAACUGGUUUUAGUGCCCAUGGAGGUGGCAGCGGUCCUGUAACCUCUGAGUCAGUUCCUGGCUAAUGCAGCUGGAAAGAUAACAGUUUAAUAACAGCAUGUUGUAUGUUAUUUAUCCCUAUAUCAUUUCUACAUAUCAUGCAUUCAUGCCCCUCCAAAAACUGAAACAUGGUGAUGUCCCGCGAAACUUAAGCACAUGAGGGUGUGAACAUUUGUGGAAGUCAGGUAAAGUGCUCAUAGCUUUUCUCUCCUUUUUAAUAGGGUCAUAAUUAGUCCCUGCAUGUAUGUAUUCUGUUAGUGCUUUGUGGGAGUUGUCUGGAAGUUUUCUUCUUCUGGGGAGCUUAAUUUUGGUGCUCUUUAUUGGAACUCCAGACAAAUGUAUUGGGAAUAGAAGUUGUACAGGUUCUGUCACUGUUAGCCUUCCUUCAUCUCUGUUCUUUUGAGAGAUGGGAAGUGUGCACAAGGUAGUUCUUUUAUUGCAUGCUUUGGUUGGUGAGAGAGCUUCUCUUAGCUUGUGUAGCCUGGACCCAUGGUUGCACUUGGCAUCUACAAGGUUUGUUUUUUGUCCUUCCAUUUUUCCUCAUUCCAUCUUAUGAAUGUAACUGCCAAACUUUUUUAAGUUCUGGAUAUUCAACUAUGUUUUAGCAUGGAAGCAACAUGUAUUGUUUCAAAUUGCUUGUUCUGAUUGGUUAGUGCUGUUCUGUGCUAACAAUCAAGCAACUGGUUCCGUAUUCAUACUAUUCAUAAUGGGAACCUGUAAGAUCCGAUUUUUAUGAAGUAC